AUGAGUGCAGCCAUCGCCAUGGCUCCCUCCCCUGCUCCCCAUGACAGGCCAUCUUUCCCCUCGGACCUGUCAUCGCCAUCCAACUCGCGCACCGCAUCUGCACCCUCACAACUGUCUCUUGCCGCGCCGAACAACGCGACAACCACACAAAGGUCCGGAAGCGGAAGCCCUCGAGGCUCCAGGACCGCCAACGGACCCAAAUCAUCACCACCUAGCGCGUCACGAAAUGGCGUCACUCCCAAGAUAGUUGUUAAGAAGGAGCCUGGCUCGCCUGAGCACGCGCCUCGGAGGCGCCCUGGUAGGUUGGAUCUGUCCAAGGGCGGAUCCAACGCGGCUGGACCCAGCACGGCGCGGCCAUUGACUGCCAGGGAUGGGCUCGGAAUCCAAGAGGUUGGACUGGCCUGCCUGUCGCCUGGGUUUGUUACACAGGAUCCGGUUAUGAAGGAACAGCUUCAGCGCAGCAUGAGCGUGCGGGAGCAGCAGCGACACAUCAUCGAGGCCCGUCUUCAACAGCAGUCGGCCAAGGGUGACGGACCAGACCAUAGCAAGGACAAGGAUGGCGGUAACUUCGCGGCUAAAACCCCAGGCAUUUCAUCCCGAAGGAACAAGGCGCCUCCGGGACUAAGCAUCGUUGCCCCAUCCCAUGAGCAAUUUGCGCAUGAGCGCGUCAUCCAGUCUGCUCCGCUUGGCCAAACGUUCACAGGCAUGCACAACUCGCAACCUCUAACCCGACACAUCACGAACCAGCCGUCCAAGCUUUCCAACACAUCACACAUCCACCACGUCCCAGCUACUCAGACGAACAACCGCCUCCCGCCCAUAUCUGAUGUUUUCGGCCAGGGAUUAUCCGGUCACCCCGAGUCUGGCGGUCAUGCUGUAUUUGCUCAACAGAGCGCCGCCCGUGCUCCGCCCGCGUCUCCGGGACAUGCGCACAUUCAGCAAAUGCAACAAGCACAACAUCAGCAGCCCCCGCACACGAGUAGGUCAAGGGAGUACAAGUCUGCCGAGGAGGCCCAGCAAGAGCUUGCCGGCGGCAGGCCUGAGCUGUUGCCCAAGAUUGUCCACUAUGGUGGCCACCAGCCCCCGACCCCUCCUUCCCCCCUGCCUGGCCAACAAAGAUCUUCCGCUGCGGACCCAAGCCGCAGUGCCAGCCGGAGAAGGACGCGCGCCGAGUACGAGGAGGGCGCCUCUCCGCCACUUGGCAUUGGUCGCGGGCCACGCCGUAUGCCGUUUGGCGAGGGUCGCGACAGCCCCGAGUCUCAACGGGCCAAGAGGGAAGAGUUCUUACGCCUUUGUGAACGGGCAUGGGACCUCUUCCACUCUUAG